CAAGUUUUCUUUACCACCCCCUCCUCUGUGUUGAAAAAAAAAAAGAUGUAUCAGAGGAAGGCAAGCCACGCAAAGCAAGUCAUAGUUUCCAUAAAACCCUGCCAGUGAUGAAUAAAGCUCAGUCAGAGCGCAGAGCAGCAGCCCAAACACAUCACCGCGCUGAAAAGUGCCAAAGGCGGCGAGAACUGGGAACGAGGCUUUACACGCGAGGAAUGGGUUUCAGCGAGAGGCCUAACAAUUCCCGGUGACUUCCGUAUCGUGACAUCACGCUCUGGUGCGUUGCCAUGGCAUCGCGUACAGGAGCGAACGCUGUGGAGAUCGCAGUGCGAAAGUCCUGGUAUUUCUAUCGAUUGUGAGUCGCAGUAAGUGGCGCUGGAUUGGAAAUCGCCGAGCGCUGUAUGCGGCCGCUUCCUUCGGGUGCCUAUUGCUCGGCGUUGCUGUAGAAGCGACACGGAGCGAUCCAUGCUGGGUUUUGGCCGCAGAGAGGCGACUUACACCUGUGGAGCUAUAAUGAGCCGCCUGUCAGUCACAGCUUAGUGAGAGGCACCGGGCUGAGCGCGGAAUGGAGCCGGAGGCCGAGGAGCUGGAUGUGCUGAGGUAUUAUGUGGAGGAAGAGGAGCUGGAGCAGGAGCUGGAGGAGGAGGAAGAUGGAGGUGGCAAGGAGUUCUUUGAUUUUGAACCCCUACCAACAUUACUGGAGGAUGAGGAGAACGUGUCCUUGGCUGAUAUUCUAUCACUACGUGACAACUGCCUUACUGAGCAGGAUAUUUGGGCUAUCUGCCUGGAGUGCUGCUAUUCCCUGAAGAGUGUAGCCCAUUCAGCCAUCUUCCAGACGCUCUGCAUCACCCCAGACACACUGGCGUUCAACACCAACGGCAACGUCUGCUUUAUGGAGCAACUGAGUGAUGAUCCAGAAGGCGCGUUUGUACCUCCAGAGUUUGAUCUGACUGGCAACACAUUGGAGGCACAUGUAUAUUCACUGGGCGCAACUCUGAAAGCAGCAAUCGAGUUCGUCAUUGAGCCGGAGUUAGAAACAGAAUUAUGUCAUGAUCUGGAUUCUUUGCUAGAACUUAUGCAACAGGAAAACCCUGCGGACAGACCAGAUAUUGAGAGCAUUAUAUCCUUGUGCGAAUCAAGGCUCAACUGUUCUUCCUCUAUGAUUUGCCGAAGUCUUUCAUCCAUUGGCAGAAGAGUCCUCUCUAUAGAAUCGGUUAGCACUUUCCAAGAUGGCUGGGAAUGGAAAGGAAUGGAUAAAGUAGGAGUGAGCAGAAAACUGCAAACAACCGAAAAAAACCCAGGCAACAGAUCUUCUGUCACAGACAACUUGAAUUCCGCCAGCCAUCGGACUGUUAGUCACACAAUCAAUUCGUCCCAUAGGGAGGAGAUCCAAAAUGGCUGCUUAGAGAAUGGAACACAAAUGGAUAUGCAGUGUCCAGCUCCACAUUCGUUCUCUGGAAAUCACUUUGAGAAACCCAUAAGUGAAGGAACAACAGAUGUAUGCCCUGAGAAAUAUGAUUAUUUAGUGGAGGAAAGGACUAGAAACAACUUUAAGAAACCCAGAGGAAGCAAAUAUAUAUCUGCAGCCAAUAACAUGGAUAAACAUUCCCCUUGCCAUUCCCCACCAGGUGCUGGAAGGAUUACGCUGAAAAGCUGGCCAUCUAUGCCUAGCUGUGCCUCUCCAGCUGAUAGUACGGGCGAGCAACUUUGUACAGAUGAAGCAAGCCCACGCCAGACAAAAAAGUUUAUUUGUUUUGUGAAUUCAAAGGUAACCGACAACUCUUUAGUUUCAUGCAACUCCAUGCCAAACCACAGAAACUGCAAUUCUCCCCUCAACCAUCCACUGUGCCAGUCCCAUGUUUCCUAUGAAAACCUUGUCACAGCGCUGGCAAAAGAAAGCCAGCAUUCUUUAUGUACCGACAAAGAAGCCAUUCCGGAAAUGUGCGCUCCAUCCGAGCCUCAUUCAAGUCUUAAGCACUUAAAUGCGAGUAGAUGGCCCUCAGGACAUGAAGAGUCUCCUUCAAACCCUUCGUAUUGCAAAGAGCAAGUGACUGCUACAAGACAUGACAAUUCUCCUGAGCUAGACAUUAAUGAAGUAAAAGGUUUAAGCAUUUCAAGUGAUCAGCAGUGGAUUUCACUUAAAGAACUUGUACUAAAGUGUGGAACUCCAUUAAAUGAAGAAGAACUGUGGGCAUUAUGUUACGAGUGCUUAUACACGCUACAGACAUACAUCGAUUAUCCAGAUAUUUUAUGUCUGGAGUCGGUGUUUGUUGAUGAUAGUGGAGAAGUUCUCUUCUUUCCUCAUCAAAAUCAAGAAUCUUGUGACGCCCUUUGUGUUCCUCCUGAAUAUGACCCGGAAGGAGUAGGAUCAGAGAAGGCCUGCGUCUAUGGUAUAGCAGCUAUUUUAUGGUCAGCUGCAAAGCUCAAUUUCCCCUGUAAUCAUAAACUGGCGCUGCCUAAAAGGCUAAAGCAGUUCCUUCUGCAUAUGGCAAAGCAGAAUUGCGCUGAGAGACCUACAAUAGCAGAGUCUCUGAAGAUAUGCAAAAAUUAUCUGCAACAGCGAAGUACAGACAGCAGAGAAACCUUGGCUCGCCUAAACAGCUUUUCACAGCAGAUUAGACACAAUAAAGAGACAGUCUUUCAAGACAGAGUUUCUCCUGAAGAUCCCAACACUUUUUACCGACCCUCAGCAGGGUUUGUUCCAGUUUCAGCUAAGAGCAAACUGAUGGCAGUGAAAGGCCCUGUUCCAGUAAAAGACAAGCCAACCAAUUUGCCGGCAGCUUUUACAUCUCCAGCCUCAUAUUUCAGACCAAUAAUCUUAACUCAAAAAACUGAUGUUAGCAGCGAUCAGAAUCUAUCUGCGUGCACUAACAUGGAAGAGGACAUGGAAGCAGAAAUCUCUGUCAGUGACAUUGAAAACCACACGGAUGAUAAGAUGUGCCAGAGGCCACACCCCAGUACAAAUUCUUCCAAUGGCCAAAACCUAAAUCUGUUGCAGUCGUCCAUUUCCGACUCCUCAUCUGACUGUAAAGAAAAGACUUCAUCGAGGGCCUCUUCCCUCUCCUCCAGUUCUUCGACAUUAACAAGCAGCCCAGUUAUAAACAAUUAUAUUCUCAAACAGGAUCCCAAAACUGGAAAUCUGAAACUGGUACGAGUGCAGCUUAGUGUUCCAGAACACAUGCCGAGUGUUUCUCUGGAGGCUGGGCCUUCACCUCAGCAGGCAAAGGCCGAGAAGACAUCAACACAGGCCUCUGUAGUAAACAAUGGCUUGGACAUGAUGAGUUUAAAAAACUCUGAAACCCUUCCUGUCCCUGUUUUUGUGAAAGGGGAACAUUCAGAAACCAAAGUUAACGAUGCCAUAGGCAAAUUAGCACUGUCUACUUUGGGACUAGCGUUGGAGAGCCCACAGAUUCAUCCCAAUGCUAAUGCUUACCCCAAUAAAGGGAGCAAUGGAUGUACAUCCCAAGAGAAUGUGGUUCACGUUGCCCCACAAAGGACAUUAUGUUCUCCUUUACAAAAAGUUAUCCAACUAAUUCAUGAGGAGUUUGCAUUUGAUGGCUAUUUGGAAAAUGGAGUUGAGGAUCUUGCGAUGGGAGAAUAUAUUUUUGCCCUCCAAGGCCUCCAGCAUGCCACAUUCUGUGGGGCCAUACGUGAGAAGUUUUGUGACCUUUACUGGGAUGAUCAUCUACUCGAAAAACUUUACAAGGUGGUCAGUGGGAAAUCACCUCCAUCUAACAGAAGAAAGGAGCGUGAAUCCUAUGAUCAGUGUAAUCCUGAACACUUAUUAAAGAAAGUUCAAAGGAAAUCACGGAAGCAAAGAAAGCCGGCAGUGAUGUCAAGCACGGAACAAUCGGGUGUUACAGACAGUGAAGAAACAGUAUUAAACACCUCACAGGGGCUUAUGGGUAGUGAACGAGAAAUGUCACCUGAUACUUCGAAUUUAACAUUGGCCAUGGAGAGAGGUAUUGAGGUGCAGGCAAUAACCAGCUCUGAAAAAGACUCUUCUCUUGAUGAGCCUGAUAUGACUGAUUCACCAGAGUCCCCUGACAAGAAUCCCCAGUCACAGAUGUCUAGUGCUCCAUCCAAUAUUGAAGAACACUACUUGCUUCAGGCAUUCUCUGACACUAAUAGUUACUGUGUCGGUCCCGAUUAUCAAGAAGAAAGUGAAGAAAACCCUGAAGACUCUUUAGUGAACCAUCGAGAGAACAAUAUGACUAUGUCCAUCUCUCCAGCUGAGUUGUACAAAUGCAGCAGCGGCUGGUGUAGUUCUUUUUAUGGAGCCCAGCUGUUUCAUCCAGAAGUUCAGCAGUAUGUUCAUAUGCUUGGAAGGCAAAAAGAAGGAUUUUCCAAAAGUAUAGACGCCAAAAGACUGGAACUUGAACAGCAGCUUAUGAUUGAAACAAAAAAUUACAGAAAAACAAUCAAGCUUUAUCAGAAUUCUCUGCUAAAAGGGAAAAGAAGUAAAGGUUCUGAUGUAAAGGAGCUUCUACCCAAGCUUAAAGGACAUUUGGAAGAAAUGAAGUCAAAGGUGCAGUUUCUUGAAUUGGCUAAAAAGUUUCUCCAGGUUUCUUAUGCAGAGCAAUGGGGUAUUGAGCCACACGCGCUUCCAAAAGUAGCAAAUCUUACUGCACAACCAGAAGUGGACUCUGAAGCCGACGCAUCGUUUCUGCUCAUCUAUAAUGAGAAAGGGCAACAUCGUGACCGUACAUCCAAAGUCCUUCAAGCAGGGACACCUCUGGGUUUAAUGGCGCAUCUUUAUUCCAGAAAUGCCUUUUUGGAUGGCUAUGUGCAGCAAUUUCUUUACACAUUCCGAUACUUCUGCACGCAGGAGGAUCUCCUUCAGUUUCUUAUUGACAGGAUAAAUUGCACCGCAGCAAGCGGAGAAGCAACUUCUCUCCCAUCUGUGGAUAAGAAAAUCUACCACCGCUCUCUGAUCCUGCUGCAGACUUGGAUAGAAGACUGUUGUCUGGUCGAUUUCUCUAUGAAUCCAGAUUUAUUGGACAGACUGGAAGAAUUCAGUAAUUCCCAGGUUUUCCAGAAAGACGACUGCAGUGAGUACCUGGUGUCAUUGCUGCAAGAAGUUGCCAAUAAGAAAUAUACCAUUUCUUCUCCAACAUUUACUUCUGGAGAUAAGGACGAUACCAAGUCGCUGCACUCCCUGUGCACUAAGUUAUCUGUGGAUAAUGUCUCCAGGAAGAGCUUUAACUGGAAACUGUCCAAGGGAAACGGAACCGCCGAGACUCACAAGACGCAUUACUUGGUUGCAUCAGCUUUACCCCGGCCGUGUUAUCCUGGCUUUAGCGAAGAAUUAUCCAUGUCCUACAUCAAAGCAGAUGAGAUUGGAAUAUUCUCUGUAUAUGAGUGCACAGUUCAGCAGAUUGCUACCCAGCUAACCUUGCUCCAGGAGGAAAUGUUUAAGAAGUGCCAUCCAGUCCACUUUUUGAACUCUCGGGCUCUGGGGGUGACAGACAAAUCAACGAAUGUGCCAAAAAAUGUCGGCGUUGAGAGCCCCCCGGCUGAAGCCUGCAGUCUUUUUCUACCAAGCUUCACACAAGACAAAUAUCUGUUACAGAUGCUGCGAUUUGCAGAAAAUUUUAGCACCUGGGUGUCUGCCGAGAUUGUCACAUGUCACACUUCCAAGUUGCAGGCCGGUGUACUGACAAAGUUCCUGCUUGUUGCAAAAUUAUGUUACGAACAGCGAGACUUUGCGAGCGCCAUGCAGAUCCUGGGAGGCCUGGAAAAUCUCAUUGUACGACAGCUCCCCGCUUGGAAAAGUCUGCCCUCCAAGGUGUCUGAUAUUCUGGAAGAACUGAAGGCGGUAGAGGUGUUUUUAAAGAGUGACAGCCUGUGCCUGACAAAGGGAGACAGAUUCAGAACAUUGCCCACAAUUCCCUCAGCUUGCCUUCUAGCAAUGCAUGUUCAACAGCUUGAAACUGGCGGCUUUACCAUGGCAAGUGGAGCCUUUAAAUGGAAUAAAUUAAGAAAUAUUGCAAAAGUUGUGAGCCAGGUACAUGCGUUCCAAGAAAUCCCAUACUCCUUCACUCCGGACCCAGAGCUCCAAUUCUAUCUCCGACAGCGAAUAGCUCACUUCAGCGACACUGACAUUUCCAUCUUGGCGGCGGACAACAAUGCCAAUUUCCAUCACGUGCCAUCCGAUAAGCAUUCCCGAAAAAUCCAGGACACCCUGCGGAGAAUGAAGGCUACUUUUCAAUAACUCCCACGGAACCAAAAACCACGUUUGGGAAAUAGGUUUUUAUCAUCUGCCUAACCAAAGAUAACGUGUAGCCCUGCAAUGGCUAAUGUCUGGCCCUCCAUCUGUUUGACUCAACAACUUUCACAGUUGGUCGCCCCAACUAUAUAAAGAAGAUCUCUAUUCUUCCUCAUUUACAGCCACUUGGUGCACUCCAAUAUGACCUUUAUGGACUGGCAACCUAUGGUUGUAGUAGCUAAAGAGUAACUUACUACUUGGGACGCUACAGUCAAUACCUGCAAUGCGAUAAGACACCUUCUACCUCUGAGGCCAUUUCUUUAGCAGCUUGAACAUGAAUGUGUCUUAUAGUAGAAGAGUAUUUGGACUGAGUUGUUACUUUACAUGUGUAUGUUUUGGGAAUAACUGUGAUUUGCUAAUCACUGGGCAAUAUGGGUUUUAUUUUAUUGGCUGGAUAAACUGUUGUAGGGAUCCCAUGCUAUUGAUUGCUUACAAACCAGCGAGUUUAGAAUGAUCUCUCGGGGAAGUCUGCUUGUUCCCAUGGGUGACUUUAUUCCAGAUCUGCUAGUGAGGUCACCUAAUGGUCAUCUAAUUCCCUGGGUCAUACUCUGGGGCUAAAUGGAAGUCUGUUGGAUAAGGACCACAUCACAAUAAGCCUAUGCACUCCUCAUCCAACUGUACUCUGAAACCUUCCUGAUUGAUAUCUGGCUGAUUUUUGGCAAGAUAUCUGUUGGGUGAAUCCAUACCGACUUGGUCUGGAGGUAGUAAGUCGACAGCUCAUCUGUAACAUGGGCAUACUUGGACAGAUCCACUCCUUUGGUGGGCAUGGAAAAGAAAAGUUUCUUUGCACCCAGACAAAGGGCCAUAUCGGGUUGGUCCAACUGUAUUUUUAAACUUGCCUGAUUGAUACACAGCUGAUUUUUGGCAAGAUAUCUGUUGGGUGGAUCCAUACCGACUUGGUCUGGAGAUAGUAAGUCGGCAGCUCACCUGUAAGAUUGGGCAUACAUGGACAGAUCCUCUCCUUUGGUGGGCAUGGAAAAGAAAAAUGUCUUUGCACCCAGUGAAGGGCCAUAUUGGGCUGAUCCAACAGUAUUUUUAAACCUGCCCAA